ACCAAAAAUAAUAAAAUAAUUUUAAAAUGUAACAAUAAUACCAAAUAUACAUAAAUGCAGUUUUAAUCACUAGAUUGGCAUUUUGUAAUUUUUAUUUGAGUGCGUAAACUAUCCUUAUUACCACUUUCGUUGUUGGGUAAAAAUAACAAAAUGUCAAGAACUCCAAAAAGCAAGUCAUAUCCAGGGAGCCUAUCAGACGCCCUAGGCGUACAAUGGGCGCCACUAGACCUGCCCAUGGCUCGGCGCCUCCAGACCCUCGGCGCCAUCGGGUGGAUCAGCCUGGUGUUGUUCGGGGAAGCCUUCGCCAUCUACCUGUUCUUCAAGCUGCUGUACUCGCAGUACUGGUGGCUCGGCAUUAUGUACGCCGUGUGGAUGUUGAGGGAUAUUGACACGCCGGCUAGAGGGGGACGCACGUUUGAAUGGGUCAGAAACUGGGCCUGGUGGCGUUACUACCGCGACUAUUUCCCCCUCAAGCUCGUCAAAACGGCGGAACUGGAUCCAUCCAGAAACUACCUCCUCGCAUGUUUCCCACACGGCGUUGUCUGCACCGGUGCCUUCGGGGCUUUCGCUACAAACGCCUUGGACUUCUACAAGAUAUUCCCGGGAAUGAGCUGUAAUAUGAUAACUUUAGGCGGGCAUUUCCUAGUACCGUUCUUCAGGGAUUUGAUUCUUGGGCUGGGCGCUUGCACAUCGUCAAGAGAAAGUUUAUUGCAUCUGCUGGACAAGAAGAAGCAUAAAGGCAAAUGUGUGGCAUUGAUCGUUGGUGGGGCCGCUGAGGCGUUGGACUCGCAUCCUGGAGAGUACAGUGUCAUCUUGAGCAGGAGGAAGGGAUUUAUCCGUAUCGCGAUGGCGUCAGGAGCGCCCCUCGUGCCAGUAUUUUCUUUCGGCGAACCCGACGUGUUCCGGCCGCUUAACAACCCUCAGGACAGCUGGCUGAGAUGGUUCCAGGAAUCGGUACGGCGGUGGACCGGCAUCUCUCCCAUGUUCCCGGUGGGCCGUGGCGUGUUCCAAUACAACUUCGGCGUGGUGCCCCUUCGUGCACCCGUCACCACUGUCGUCGGCACCCCCAUGGAGGUCCAAAAGAACCUGGAACCCACCGACGCCGAAGUGGACGCGGUCCACGCGCAGUUCACGCAGAGGCUCGUGGAUCUCUUCGAAGCGCAGAAGCACAAGUACUUGAAGAACGCGGACAAUACACAUCUGGUUAUUACGUAACAGGAAUAUUUUACAAUCCAUCCUUAGGUUUUGCCGGCUGUACACGUUCGUCGAGAGACCC